CGGCCGUGCCACUCAGAGCCGCCGGGGCGUGGGCGGCGGCGGCGCGGGGCCGGGGGGAGCCGCGGGGCCGGGAGCGGGGUAGGCUGCGCCCGUACUUAAGCGCGCUGCCCGAGUCGCUGACGUCUUUCGAAUUGGAGACGGGCUGCCCCCCUCCCGCCCCGGGCUCCCGCGGACACGGCCGGGGACGGAGGCUGGGCACGGUUGCAGACUCUGGUAGUGUAAUCAAGCUGAAAGUGUCAAGUGCAGUUUGUAUAAGGGACACUGAUGAUGAUGGCACAUCCUGUGACUCACAAGUAUUCUUUCAAAGACAAGGUACGAGUGUCUGCCUAGAAUGUCCAGGCAUGCAAAAAAGCUUAGAGAUCAUGAUAUAAAUCCAUGUCUAGCGGAAACAGAUGCCACUACAAAAUAUAUGGAUGACAACAACUAUAACAAGGAUAUGUGUACUGAUUAUUUUUUGAAGUACAAAAACUGCAGGAAAUUCUGGCAUGAAAUUAUGAUGCAAAGGAAGAGAAAUGGUGUGAAACCAGAGAUGCCUGCAGCAGAAGAAAGAAAGAAAAUACUGGAAUCAAUGGGGAAGCCCUACUAACUAGAAACCUGAAUUGACUGUUGUCAUUGUAUAUAUGAAGACUUAGCAGCAGCAAGUUACCGUUUUAUGAACUGGAUUUUACUGCUGCCAUAUCUUGGAUUAAAAUAAGAGCUUAAACUUUGAAAUGUGUGAGCUUUCUAGGAUAGAACUUCCUGGGUUUAUUCAUACUUCCUGCCAUAGGAACCUGACCUCUUUUUAUUGGGAGAUACAGGUAUCAAUGCAACUUGUUUAGGAACUUUUGGAAGUAGAAACUACCUUACUGUGAAAUGCUAAAUAUAAAAUUAAUGUGAUGUGCAGAAAGUCUGUUUGAAAAUAAUGGGGUUGGUGGGCAUUGUAGUGUGGUUCUAAGACUGGAGAAGGUUGAGAAGCUGGUACAUGCAAUGUGUUUCUUGUACUAAGCUGUUCUGCUCAAUAGUAUGGAUUUACCAUGUGUGAUUUUCACUGUUUUCACAUGUGUUGUAUUCAGUGUUCCCAGUUUAAAUAAGACUGUUCAUGAACUGAAAUCUUAAAUCCAACAAUCUGAUCAUUAGGUCUGCUGCUGCACUUGUCAGUGACAGCAGAAGCUUGCAGUAAAUCAGAUCUGCAAGCUUUGCUACUUAAAAGGUUAGAGAGACUGGUGAAGAUGAAACUGAACUCAGGUCUGAGCUGAAUAGUAAUUUCUGUGGAUAGUAAAUAGAUACUUUAGUGGCGGGCAGGCAGGGGGGACUUGCAGACAUGUAAACAGAUCCUCUGAGUGACAUGGCAGGUUUAACUAUAGUCCAUCUAAGACUCUGGACAGCUGAAACCUGGGGUUUGGAAAUGCUUACUCAUACAAGAUUACAAAGCUCAGUUUAAACAGGUACUCUAAUCUUAAAUAAACUUGGUUCUUUAGCUAAAUUGAACAACUAAUAAAUGUAAACAAGUUCUGUCUAGUGGGAACAGUGGUUUUUACUUUUUACCUUCUGGUGUUCUGUCUUAAAAGCUCCUAUCCUGUGAUAAAACAGAAGAACUACUGUCAUGAGCUCAGGUUCCAUGUGAAAUCCUUUUACUUCUUACUGGGAUCAACUUGGCAGAACUCUGGCUGACCUCAUGAAGGAUGGUGUAAAAGUGUUGCCUCUCUAUUUAGACUGUUUUGGAAAGACUUCAUGGCUUUCUGUUUCUCCUGUCUGGCUUGUCUUGUUUCUUUCCACUAUAGACCAAUUUCUAUGCUUGCUGUGAUUUUUUUUUUUUUAAUGCUCAUUCCUUGUUGUUUGAUCUGAGUAGCAACUACAAAAUCUGCUUUGCUCCUCCUUUUUGUUCUCCAUCUACAUCUGAGUUUGAAAUGGAUUGAUCCUACCCUCUUGGUUGGAAUGAGUGUGUAACUCUAUGCCUUUUGAGUAUACAAUUCUCCAAGCAAAGCUGUGCAGCCUUUAAGCAUGUCACAAGUUCUCUUGUCAGUUCCUGGCAAGGAAAAUGUACUUUCUCCCAUUGAGAUAAUAAGAGUCUUUUAUUUCAAAUUACUUUCUCUUCACCGAAAGUGCAAACUUCAACAUUUUCCUCUGUGUUCAUGUUUUUGUUCUUGUUGUCUUUGGUUGGCUUUCUUUGUUUGUUUUUGUCCUUCUCUGUGGAGCUGAAGAUAUUUUCAUUCAAGAUUCAAGGGCUUGCUCUUUUUUGCUAUGUCCUUGCCACUUGUUAAUACCCUCCUACAUUCCAAUCUUUCCUCUUUUUUUUUUUCCCCCCCGUUUGACACCAGUUAUUCUUUGACUGAUUUUAAGAUUUUUGUCUCUUCUCAUUGCAGUUUUUUUCUAGUACUUUUGUUCUCUGAUCUAAUGACGUAGUUUUGCAGUGACUUUCUAAUAUUACUCUUUGUGAGGGUUGUGUGUUCUCUGUUCUUUCAUAGUGAGAGAACUUCUUGCUUUCAUUAAACUUAGCCAUAAUACUUCCUCAUUAACCUUACCUCUCCUUGAUCUUUUUAGUCUGCAGACUUUGGACAGGUAUUGUCCUCUUCCUUAGGGCUGUGUCUCUUCAGACUCUUCUGGCUUUACUGCCUUGCUUGUCUAAGGGCACCUUCUCUCCUACUUGGCACAGGUUUGUCAUUUGCCACCUCUGCUGUAUCUUUGGACAUGUUCUUUUCUCCUAUGGCUUUAGCUACUAUUCUAGUGCUUGCUGUUUUUCUAUUCCUGUGCUCUUAAAUUCUGGGCUUGUUAAAAUUUACAGUAUGUUUUAAAUAUAUGCAGGAAGAACAUCAUCAUGUUCUUGAUGUGGUUAUGUUGAUUCUUCUUUCCAUAACUUUAAGGAACUUGAGCUUAUCUCAAGUUAUCUCAGUUUAUCCUAGGAUUUCCUUUCAGGUGUUUUCUUGUCAUGUAGAAAUGCUCUUUCUCUUAACUGUUGCACUUGAACCUUUGUUUUUUUUCCCCUGACAAUUUUUACUUGGGAAGCUUCCACUAGCAUUGUUUCCUUUUAAAGGAUGACUGCCCUAUAUUUUGGCAUUGGUAGGUACCCUGUGCUGCUUUGUCAGGUGCUUGUAAAGAGCUAGUACUGGUCUUCAAAAAAUCAGAGAAAGAGAUGCAUUACUGCUUUCAGGUGUCAGUGCAGGAAUGGGGAAUCACAGGAUGGGCUAUGGCACAUGUAUUGCUCAAAGAGUCUAACAUUAGACUUCCAAACAUCAGUGGAUGCACAUGGAUGCUUGUGGAUGUUACAACAGAAUUUAGUUCAGUGUUGAACUGAGGGAAAUUUAAGGAGUGACCUUGUAGAUUAAAAUCUGUUUUAGGGGCCACUGUUUAUUUCCAUUGCAUACGCCUUACUGUGAAAUAACACAAGUUGAUGUAAAAUCUUGGGAGAGCAAGGAGUUUUCUUCAUGUUGUAAUGUCUUAAUGUCUCUCAAGAGUGAUCUGUUACUUGAGUAUGAAUUAUUAUUUUUAUCCCUCACGUGAGGUUGCUGUUCUUGCUGUCACUACUGAAGCUUGAGCGAUAAAGUGUGAUAGCUAACAUACAGGCUCUUGGGAGUUUUUUCCCUUAAUUUUUGUAGUGCAAUUAACUACCUUCGGUGUUAAGCCAGAGAUAAUGGUCUUUUCCUCAUACCUGAGAGCUUAUGUUCCACACUUCACUGAAACAGAGGUAAGCUUCAGCUUGCCUUUCUUACUGGACAAAAAAAAGCCUGGGCUGAAUUCUUAAUUUCCCUAAAGCACAGUCUUGUAUAUUAACCCAAAAAGCAUACCACAUUGGAUCAAUAUAAUUAACUAAGAACCAGGGAAGGGACCUGUCGAUUGGCUUUAGUUUUUAAAUAUGUGUAAUUGCUUAUUUUGCUUGUGAUAUAAGGACCAAAUGUGGAUAGUGGUAUUGUUUGAUAAUUUUUUUUGACAGCUGGAUGGUGCUGUUGUACAACAGACUGAAAACAGAAGCACUCCACCCACUACUGGCUCUUUCAAGCCUUUUUGGUCUCUUCCUAUAGAGGUAGCAGAAUUCAUCCAAUAGAAAGGAAAGAUGGUCUCUACAAUCUACUGUCACUACACUAUAAACAGAAAAAGAGGACAGGAGUCUAAAUAAUUUCUGGGAAAUAGAUUUCUGUGCAGCCUGAGAAGCUUUGGAAUCUGGUCCUUGAAAAGAUUUUUUUUCAGUGUGGUUAUUUGAUCACAGCUAAGCACUGAGCAGCAGCUGUAGGCUUUCUCCCAGGUCUAGGUGAAUAUCUUGAUUCCUAGCUGUACAUUUUUACCAUCUCAUUUGUUUCUGUUACCCUGCAUUGCAAGGCCUUGUCUGGCUCAAGAGUUUUCUGCUGCCACAGUUGGGAUGAGUCUGUGCUCUUGAAGAUAUUCAAAGGAAGUUCACAGAAUUGCAAAGUAUGAUGAUUUGGAAGGGACCCACAAGGAUCACUGAAUCCGAGUUGUCUAGCUCUAGAGUCCUGGAAAUUUCUUUGGAUUUAGCUGAAGCUUUUGAAAGGCAGGGAGCUGCAUCUGCUGCUGCUCUGAAUCUCUUUCACGGUCUUUUAGUGAGACUUUUGCACUCAAGUGAUCAAAAACAUGCUCAUGGAUGAGCUUUGGUAAAACUUUUGCAGAAGAGAUUGAGAGUACAAAGUGUUGCAGUGCUCUAAUGCAUUUGGAGACAGCCCUUAACUAAUGUUAAAAGUAUCUACAUCUUUAAAGUUGGUCUUCCAAAAUAACCAUGGAGUGAUUAUUGUGUGAAAAAACAGUACACCUUUGCAGGCUUUUGUUUUCUUGGAAGAAUCUGAGGCAACUGGAAGAAAUAGUUCUGUAAGUAUUAAAGUAGUAAAAAAUAAACAAGCAGAGUUUAUUAUAAUAUUAUUUAUUAAGAACACUACUUCAGAGUGUUCUAAUUUUUAUUGUAGCCUAUUUGAUAUGAAGAAGAGGAGGGUAGUAGUACACUUGUAUUAAUACAGUGGAUCAUUUAAACUUAGUUAUUUUAUGGCAUAUAUGGUACCAUAUGUAGUAACUCAAACCAUCAGAUUUUGAAUAAAUAAUUCUUCUCUUUAGG